UCUGUGAUGAUACUCCAAGAAUUACUAACACGAGUGAUGCAUAGUUUUGUUUGAUUGUUUAAAAAAAUCUAAAGUGUUUAAAAAAUAAUAAUAAAUAAUUCCAAAUGUUACGACGUCGCAAAAUAAAUUAUAAAUUUAUUCGCAGGACAAUGCGAAGGUGAGUUUUUUUUCGUGGGUGUGUUAUCUAUAUAUAUUUACAUAUAUAAUAGUGAUCCAGUUAAAAAAAAAAAUAAAUUGCUGCUGCUAAAUUACUGGUUAUGAUAAAUAAAUCACAUAUUUAUAAAUAAUGACAUGUUACUAUAAUUAAAUAAAUAAAUAAAUGAAUAAAUUCAAGUAAGUGCGCAAACAAUAAAAAAAAACCAACAAUGUCACUGGUUGCAAUAAAACAAUCACGUCAGGGUAAUGGACACGAUGAUGAUGAUGAUGAUAAUCAUGAUGUGGAACGUCGUGAAGAAAAAGAAGAUUGGAAAUUACCAAUUGCUUUUAAUAAACCCAGACAUACUGCGACUAUUGAGGGUAUCAAUUGUAUAACACAAUUUUGGAGAUUAAAAGAACGGAUGAAAACAGUGAGCGUAGCUCUGGUUCUCUGUUUAAAUGUGGGCGUUGAUCCUCCAGAUAUUGUCAAGACUCAGCCUUGUGCACGACUAGAGUGUUGGAUUGACCCGUUGUCAGUGAGUCCGCAAAAAGCAUUAGAAACAAUAGGAAGUAAUUUACAAAAACAAUACGAGCGAUGGCAGCCACGUGCUCGGUAUAAGCAGAGUCUAGAUCCGACAGUAGAAGAAGUCAAGAAAUUAUGCACGUCUUUGCGUAGAAAUGCCAAAGAAGAGCGAGUGUUGUUUCACUACAAUGGUCAUGGAGUACCAAAGCCAACAAGUAAUGGCGAAAUUUGGGUAUUCAAUCGAACGUAUACGCAGUACAUUCCAUUAUCUGUUUACGAUUUGCAAACUUGGAUGGGCGCACCGAGUAUUUAUGUAUAUGAUUGCUCCAAUGCUGGUAUUAUUGUUGAUUCAUUUCAACAGUUUGCUGAACAGCAUGAAAAAGAGUACGAGAUUGAAAAACAAAAUCGUGCUGCUGGUGUCACUGGUGUUCAAAUGCCAUCAUAUAAAAAUUGUAUCCAAUUAGCUGCCUGUGCGGCCAAUCAAAUAUUACCAAUGAAUCCGGAUUUGCCGGCUGAUGUUUUUACCUCUUGCUUGACUACGCCAAUAAAAAUAGCUUUGCGUUGGUUUGUUAUGCAGAAUACUUCUAAGUUAGUUCCUAAGAUUUCAUUGGACCUUAUUGAUAAAAUUCCUGGACAAUUGACUGAUCGACGAACUAUGCUUGGAGAAUUAAAUUGGAUAUUUACAGCAAUAACAGACACUAUCGCAUGGAAUACAUUACCACGUGAUUUAUUUCAACGUUUAUUUAGACAAGAUUUACUAGUAGCUAGUUUAUUCAGAAAUUUUUUACUUGCUGAACGAAUACUGCGUUCUUACGAUUGUACACCAGUGUCUUGCCCCAGACUACCGCCUACAUAUCAACAUCCAAUGUGGCAGGCAUGGGAUUUAGCACUUGAUUUAUGCUUAUCACAAUUGCCAUUAAUAUUAGAGUCCGCAGAUCAAUUUGUACAUUCGCCAUUCUUCGAGGAACAAUUAACAGCAUUUCAAGUAUGGUUAACACUCGGGUCUAAGAAUCGUGAUCCGCCUGAGCAGUUACCAAUUGUCUUACAAGUUUUAUUGAGUCAAGUUCAUCGACUUCGUGCUUUAGAACUGCUUGGAAAAUUUCUAGAUCUCGGUCCAUGGGCUGUCAAUUUAGCACUGAGCGUUGGAAUAUUUCCUUAUGUUUUAAAAUUAUUGCAGAGCAGUGCCAGAGAACUACGGCCACUUUUGGUAUUUAUUUGGGCUAAAAUUCUCGCAGUGGACAGCUCGUGUCAAGCUGAUUUGGUGCGCGAUGGUGGGCACAAGUACUUUUUGUCUGUAUUACAAGAUACGUCAAUGGCAAGUGAACAUCGUACUCUAGCUACAUUCGUGCUGGCUAGUAUUGUAAAUAAUUACCCACUUGGACAAGAAGCAGCUCUCCAAGGCAGUCUAGUGUCCAUUUGUCUUGAACAAUUAAACGAUUCAAAUCCUUUACUGAGACAGUGGCUUUGUCUUUGCCUCGGCAGAAUUUGGCACAAUUACGAGAAGGCCCGAUGGUGUGGAGUUCGCGAUACUGCUCAUGAAAAAUUAUCUAUUUUACUUCAAGAUCCGAUACCGGAAGUAAGAACCGCAAGUGUUUAUGCUCUCGGUACUUUUGUCAAUAGUGUUACUAAACGCAGUGAACAUGCGAAUAAUAUUGACCAGAUAAUAGCAAUGACACUUAUAAAUAAUGUCACUCACGACAUGUCGCCAUUAGUGAGAAAAGAAUUAGUCGUUGCAUUACAAUGGAUGGUACAACAUUUUGAAAACUCAUUUGUAACAUUGGCUGUUGCUGAAGAAAACUCACGCCGAGAUCUUGUGGUCGAAACAUUUUCACCGUUCAGCGGAAUGAGACGAAUUGGAUCAAGAGAUCGUUUAAAAAUGUUGCCGCCAAAUAAUUCACACUCAUCGGACACCGGGAUUGAAAGUUUGGGUUCUGAUCGGAUUAAAAGAGUCUCCUCAUCAUCGUCAAUCAGCAGUUUAGGAAAUAAUUGGGAAUUCGUAAGGAAGCCUUGCGAGUCUCUGGGUCACAGUUCACUGGGUAAUUUACCGAGUCUUUCAUACGGAAGUGUCUACAUGAAAUUAUGGCACGGACUCGCUGCUUUGGACAACGAUCCUCAUCCAGGUGUCGCGGGAAUGUCGCUAAAAGUAACGACUCACAUACGUAAUCAAGUAAAGGAUUCAUCAGCACCGAAAGAAGUUUCAGAAACUAAAAUAGCUUCAUCACUGUCACUUCCGCCAUCGCCGUCAAAUCGCACAAGUUACCUCAAUAAAGAUUCUCCACCUACGACAAACUCGACGUCUGAUUUAUUACGAUCGGGACGUGUACCUGUCUAUGGAAAUCGUAUUAGAAAACCAAUUCCGAAUACAAUAUCCGAGGAGACAGAUGAAAUAAUUGGCUUACGUAAGCCACUCACGAGCUCACAAUUUGUUGAAUGGAGCUGCGCUCAAUUUGCUCAGCCAGUGAGUUUUGACAGCGUGACAGAAUCAACAAGUGAUAUGGAGAGCCGAGCGCACUAUGAACGUGAAUGGAGAUAUUUACGUAACUCAAGACAGCGACGUGACGCGCGUGAAGAGUAUCAGAAAACACACGCAUCGAGAAUUGAAUCCCAGAUAUUUCACAGUCGUUGUCCACAACAGCCUGACGCUGUCAUGCUUCAUCCAUUCGAUUCGCACGUGGUCGUGGCAUGUAAAGACAGUUUUGGAAUAUGGGAUUGGCAUUCGGGUACUAAGUUGACUUAUCACACGUCUCGAAAUAGCAAGACGUCUGCUAAAAUUACCUCACUGGAGUUUAUCAACUCCCACGACGUUUCAUUUUUGAUGACCGGGUCAGACGAUGGCGCGGUGCGAGUCUGGAAAAAUUAUUGCAACUUGUUGGGCCGCGAGCCCACGUUACUGACCGCUUGGCAAGCGUUAGCAGACGUUCAACCGGCAACGAAAGCUUCUGUGGCUUCUGCAGGUCUGGUCACUAGUUGGGAGCAACGAUCUUUGACGUUAGCAGCCUCCGGAGAUGUAAGAGUUGUCAGACUUUGGGAUGCCGAAACGGAAUUGAAGAAACAGGACUUGCCUACCGGUGCUGACUGUUGCGUCACGUGUUUAGAUACCGACGGAACAGGUUCAAUGAUGGUCCUUGGCUGUGGCGACGGUUCAGUCCGGCUGUUUGAUCGCCGAUUACCACCCGCUGAAGCGAGAAUAAUGACCUGGCGUGAACACAAUGCCUGGGUUCUUGGUGCUUAUUUACUUAAAUCCAACGGCUUACAGACAGACCGUUUGAUCACUGGUUCAUCCAGUGGCGACGUUAGAAUAUUUGAUCUCAGAAAAAAUUCAUCUAUAAACGUCAUACAGACUACUCAAGGUCUCACAGCAUUUACUGUUCAUCCAGUUGCUAAUCUUUUUGCUUGUGGAUCUAUGCAUCACUGCAUCAGUAUAUACAAUACAACGACAAACCAUCUCGUGAAUACAAUAAAAUUCCACGAAGGAUUUAUGAGUACACGUAUAAGUCCUGUGAGCUGCUUAAAUUUCCAUCCGUACCGGGUGAUCCUUGCUGCUGGAUGUAUUGACAAUUCUAUAACUGCUUAUGCCGCUGAACCUCGUAGAUGACUGUCGGAGAUUGAAUCCACUCACAGCGCGUACGUUCUUUAAUACCAAAAAAAAAAAAAUAAUAAAUUAAAACAGUAAUGGAUUAUAAAAAAAAAGUAACUUAAAAAAUUCAAAUUUUUUUUCACUCACCCUAGUAUUGCGUAAUUUAUGAUUAGCGGAAACAAACACAAGUACUGCGCUGAUAAUCGAAUUAGUAAACAAUGAUUGUACAUAAUUGAUAAAAUAUAAAAAAAAAUAAUAAUAAUAAUAAUGAUAAUUUUCAUAGAUGCUGUUGCCCACACAAAAAUAUUGACAUAUACAUAUAUAAAUACAUAUUCUAUAUAUAUAUUUAUAAAUAAAAUGUAAAUAGUUUCACGCAUUAGUAUUUUAACACGAUAAAACAAUGGCUUUAUACAAAAUGCUUUAUUUUUUUGCAUAAAAAAUAAAAAAAAAAAAAAAAUGAAAAUGUAAAGGUAGAAAAAUAAUAAUUUAUGCAAACUUAACAUUAUUAAAUAUAGUUGUUAUAAAUUCAUACGAAAUUGAAUCCACUUUUUUUUUUGUUGAUAAAAAUAAUAAUAUUUAAAAAUAAAACUUAAGCAAUUCAGUAAACCGACGUUAAGUUGUUAAGUGUCUUUGGUCGCUUUCUCCUGCAUGACACAACAAUAAGAAUUUGUUAUUAAAAAAAAAGAAAAAAAUCAUUACCGAAGGGCGGAAACAAACGUACGAUGAAUGUAAUGCAGACGACGAUGAAUCAUACGUCUUAAGCCGCCUAUGUACAUAUAACAUGUCUAAUUACAUUAAUUAAUAAAAAUUUAUCAUGCCGAUCGCUAUCUGUAAAUUUAUUUGUUAUUUUUUUUUACAAAAUAUAAUUAUACAUUUUUUUUAAUACACAAAAAACGUUCGUUUAAUUUUGUUUUUUUUUUCUAGUUUAAUAAGCGAAAACUUUUAAUGAUUACGUCCUGUCGUAUACUUUUUUUCGUAAUUAUUUUUAUUUAGAUGUGAUGUGUAACGAAUGAAUGGUUUUUUUUAAGUCUCAUCUCUGAAGACACCCCAAGGUUUGAGACAAGACUCGAGUUUUUGAUGAUAUCUAAACAAACUCGAGUUAUUUCUUCAGUAUUUGAGAUAAUAAUCCCAUAAAAUGAAAAUAUUAAAAAAUAAAUAAUCGUCUGGGAUAAAGAUUCAAGACCAAGACUCUCCCUAGUGACUUAAAGUUUUGUUUAAACGAGACGAAACGAUCAUAAGCAUCAAGCAAUUGAGAGCCAACAUCGCGUGCGCAUAAUCAUUAGCAUCGCAAAUUUUUCUUGCCUCGCCUUUGGCUAUUCAUUUAUAAUCAACCCUUUAUCAAAAAUAAAAAACUUUACCGCGUAUAAAAAAAAACAAAAUAAAAGAAGUAAAAGAAAGAAUAACAAUCUUUGGCCGUACGUACAAUCAAUUGAAUUAACAAUCAAUCAAAAUCUUGGAUUGAAAAAAAAAAAAAGACAUUAAAAAUUCCCGAGUUUAGAGUGGGAUAAAAAUGAAAAAUAGCAAACGUCAGUAAAAAAAAUUUGUAUACAUGAAUAGAUUUAUUUUUUUCUAUCAAAAGGGAAAGACCAAGCAGCUGUCUGCUAUUAUUAUUGUAUUAUAAAUCUACGAGUGUGAAAACGAAUUUAGUUUUAAAGUUUUACUCUCGUACUACGAUGAAGGAAGAAAAACGACACGCGGAUGAACGACAUCGUAUAUACAUUAAUGUAGAUAUAUGUGUAUAUAUGUAUGCUUUGUAGCGAUAUAUAUAUAGUUGAAUAUAAGCAGUAUAAAGUGAUGAAGAUGGUGGGGAUCUAGAAGUACAACAGCGAUAGAUACUUGGAGCUCCCGCCAGUCUACCAGACAAUCUCGUUGGUAGUUGAUGGUGCGUGAUAGUGUUGUUGGCCUCUUCUAGCUAGUGCCAAGUUAAAUAAAAUAGAGUUUGGAGCAGCAGUUUUUCAAGGCAGUAAUCUAUAAAAAAAACAUCUCCCUUGUAA